CCCACCUUUCGCCUGUGUUUUUUUUUUUUUUCAUUUAGCUUUCUCCAUCUCCUUUCACGCACAUCGUUUUUGUGUGUGUUUAAAAGCCACCAAAGACAAUUUAGCGGUGAUCUAUUUAAUUGUAAUAAAAUGUGAAAUAUAUCGUUUGGUGUCCAAAAAAUUCAAAAAGUUUUUUUUUUAAUGAUUGAAAUGAAUAAUCCUGGAUCUUGGUAAGAAAAAAAAUAUAUAUAUAUAUAUAAAUUUGUAAAAAAUUCAAAGUCAUGUUUAGCUUUGUGCGGGCAAUCAUGCUAAUUGCUACCUUGCUUUUGUCCAUGAGCAGACAUCGAUUUGUGCUCCAGCUGUUUUUAUUUUUGCGGCUUGCCCAGCCACGUUUACCGUCGCCGUUAUUUCAGCCCUCACGUGACACUGUCGUGCCUCCCCAUGCCCACACAGGGCCCAACAUCUGCCCCAAUCUGCGGAUUUAUUAGUCAAAUUAUCUGAUUAUCUUGUUUGUCCGUUUUGUGUUUUCAUGUUUGCGUCCCCCCCCCACCCCCACCCCCACCACCACCACCACCACCUGUCUCCAUGUUGUUUGUGCACAUCUGCGACACCCGCGGCAUUGGUCCCUUCCACAUGUUCCACCUGACAAUACCUGCAGGUGACUGCCUUUUUUUCCCCCUUUCAUUUUUGAUUAACUUGUGAAGUCCAGAUGUUUUUAUUUUUACUUCCUGACGCUAUGCUAAGCUAAUGCCACUUGCCCCCACCCCACACACACACCACUACCACCACCACUGUCCUACCCCCUGCCCACACCAUUGUGCCAAAAACUCUGCUGGCGAGUGCACACCAAACAAAAGUCCCCCAAAGAGGCAGGAAGUGAUUAGCGGCUUAACGAAGACGGAGGAGGCUCAGGGUGACCCCCGCGCCCCUCCUAAUGGCGUCAGGUACAGUUAGUUUGGUUGAGGUGGGAGGAGGGGGCUUAAGAGGUCAGUGUUAAGUUGUCAGAGGUCAGCGGAGAGGUUAAUUGGGGGCUGUUUUUUUUGUUGUUGUUUUGUUUUGUUUACCGCAGAGCAAGGAUAAGCACUCCGAAAGUGUCGUCCAUUUUUACACUAAUUGUUCUGCCUCUGAAAGGGGGGCAAGUGACUUGAUUGUCGCUUGUGUGGACCCACCAUGGUGUGGAUGACUCUUUUGUAUAUAUCCAGUAAAUGUGCCCCUCUUGCGUCUUCUUUAGCCCUUCAAAAUAAAAGGAGAGCUGAUAGUGUUUGCAUUGUAACCAAAGUCGAAUUGAUUGACACAAGGCCUUUUUCCUUCCGCUCAUGACAUCGUAAAACGGAUUGAAGUGCAAGAUGAAGGGAUCACCUCGACAAACAUCAUCUGCAGUGAAAAAAGGGGCGCAAGAUUCGCCAACAACACAAACCAGCCCUCCCCCCAAGGCCCGUCGUUGCGGCUAAUUGGACGUAACCCCGUUCAAAGCAUUCGCGCGACCCCUUUUUUCACACCCACAGCACAUCUGCAUCGCAUCAUCCGGCAAAGGAGGAAUUGAUGUGCGAUAAAUCCGACAAAAGGAUGUCAUGGCUCUUCAUUUUGCCCCGCUUUGCAAAAUAAAAUUGGGACCGUGAACUGCCCUUCCGGACCCCCACUUGGCCAAAAGUGGCACGCUCCCAAGCAUAUGCCGCUGCCGGCCCACCAACAUGUGUUAAUGUUGAUUGAAAGAUGCGCCGCCAUUAGACUAAUGUUAGCUCAUCUUUAAUCCAAGCGGCCACGAGAAUGCGGAUUUGCGGCCAGUUUUAACAAUAUGAGAGAACAGACAAAAGUGAUUAGAGCGGCGCGAGAUACACGCGCCGUCCGUCUAUCAGCCCGGCUACCUGUCCUUCCGUCCAUGUCGAUUGAUCGCUAUCUGGCCACGGGACAUCUUUUUAAUUAUUGGUGUGGGACCCCUGAACCGGUUGCCAGCCAACCGCAGGGCACACAGAAACUGCAUACACGCUCACACUCACACCUAGGGACAAUUUGGAGUGUUCAUUCAGACCGCCGUGCAUGUUUUAGGAAUGUAGGAGAAAAGCGGAGUACCCGGAGAAAACCCACGCAGGCCCGGGGAGAACAUGCAAACUCCACACAGGAAGGCCGGAGAUGAAAUUGAACCCGGUACCUCUGCACUGUGAAGUCAACGUGCUAAGCACUCGACUACCGGGCCAUCUUAACUCUACUUUUCAAAAUAAAAUGGCAAAUUGUGCAAUUACGCCCCUUGAAACGUCCCCAAUUGAAUUGAUUGACUUUUGACUUUUCCAUCGGUCGUCACAUCGUAACAAGUGAAUUCUAAAUGGUCGGAUCAAGUGCUGUCCCCCGAAUGGGGUUGAGGAUGGUCUCGCUGUGGAUGUUUCGAACGAGAGCGUCGUCAGUGUGUCCAAUCAGAAGUCCGAGCGACGGUCCCGCCCUCCCUCCAAGGUGCGCUCAAAGAGCGCAUCCCGGAGCGGCUCGUCUCCACACGGUGCGGGCGUCUCCGUCCCUUCCACAUGGUGUUCAGGUCACCCCUCGACUUCUUCUCCGCCUCCCGCCUGCUCUUCCCCCACCCGGCGGAUGGCCCCUCGGGUGACCCCCCGCCGUCCGGCGCCCCUCUGCCGGGCCUGUGCUUCUCGGCGUCGCAGAUCGCCAGCGUGUGCGAGACGCUGGAGGAGACGGGCGACGUGGAGCGCCUGGCGCGCUUCCUCUGGUCCCUCCCGGUGACCUCGGACGGCCGCGACUCCAUCUCGGAGCACGAGUCGGUGCGGCGCGCCCGCGCCGUGGUGGCCUACCACAGCGGCAGCUUCCGCGAGCUGUACCGCAUUGUGGAGACGCACCGCUUCACGCGGGCUUCGCACGGCAAGCUGCAGGCCAUGUGGCUGGAGGCGCACUACCGCGAGGCGGAGAAGCUGCGCGGCCGGCCGCUGGGCCCCGUGGACAAGUACCGCGUCCGCAAGAAGUUCCCGCUGCCGCGCACCAUCUGGGACGGCGAGCAGAAGACGCACUGCUUCAAGGAGCGCACGCGCGGGCUGCUGCGCGAGUGGUACCUGCAGGAUCCCUACCCGAACCCCGGCAAGAAGCGCGAGCUGGCGCACGCCACCGGCCUCACGCCGACCCAGGUGGGGAACUGGUUCAAGAACCGCAGGCAGCGAGACCGAGCCGCGGCCGCCAAAAACAGGUUGCAGCACCACCGCAUGUGUUCUGAGGGCGUCGGUCAUCCCCUGGGCGGAGGGGCGUGCAUGAGUCCGGACGCGAACGCGGACCGAGCUGACGGACAAACAAUUCUCUCGGUAACGGACAGUGACUCGGACCUGGAGGUGUGAUUCAUUCUUAUUAUUAUUAUUAUGAAUAAUGAUACGAAUAAUAUUGGGAAAAAAAUCGACUCUGGAUACAAAGACCCUGUUGUGGUCCCACCCAGCAAGAGGAAGGUGAGAGCAAGCAAUAAAUGUCCCCCGAUCCUCGCCCAUUGACACGUUCCCCUGCGUGUGGCAACCAUAUUCAGAUCUUUUUUUUAAAUUAUUCAUAUCUCCCGAGUAUCCACAGCUGUAGACAAUCACUCAAACGCUUCAUCCCUCGUCUUGAGUCCUGAUUUAUUCAAUGUUGACUUCCAAUGUUUUUAUUUACUUGAAAUCAAAUGUUUUGCUAUUUUAUAUAAAUAAAAGUAUUUAAUGUAA